UGGCAAUAAAAGGCAAAAAAAUAUAAAAUAUUAAAAAGAAAGUAUCACGAACACGAACAGAACGAAAGAGAAUUAAAGCCUUAUUCACCGCUGAAGUUCUCCAAAGAAAUUGGUUUUCAAGAUCUUUGCCAGACGAAUUUAGGCUACGAUGACAACACCAACACCUACACUUGAUUCGAAACUCCGCAACCAGCUGACAAGGUACAUCCAUACGGGAAAUGAAGUCCCUAAGUAUUACCCGGGCUGCUGGACGUCACAAAAAUACUUUCAAGUUGAUAAUUUGAAAACGAUUGAUGAAGCACUUGCUAAUGGAGCCAACAAUCUUGAAGUUGUUGAUGUCAUUUUAAAGGCAUACAAAGAUGGGUGGUACACAAGAUUUGAAACCAUUGCAUUUGCUCUCACAAAGUGCCUAUUGCUCGGAAGCAGUGAUGUCAAAGCCGCAACUUACAAAGCGGUCGGACAGAUUUGCAACACUCCUGAACAGAUGAUGCUUUUCUGCAAAUACACAAGGCUAUUCAAAACAGGUAAUGGCCAAGGUUGGUGCAGGAUCGUCAGGUCAUGGUACACCUCCAAGGACGCCAUGGAACUAGCGAAGGAGCUCACCAGAGUGAAGGCUCGCCAUGGCCGCUCUCACAACACACUACUCAGGAAGAGUCAUGUUAAGAUCGACGAAAACGACAAAGCUCGCGACGCGGUUAUAAAAUACGCUAUCCACGGUUUGAAAAAGGCUAAGCAGCUGGUAGCCGACAACGAACAAACAAAGACUGUUCUCGAGUACAUACAAAAGGUGGAGGACUUGAGACACUGCGAAGACCCAGUCGCGGCGGCUGCGAUGGUUGAACAACACCGGUUCACGCUUGACCACAUACCCGGACAUCUGCUCACUUCACAGGACGUAUGGGACGCAGUACUUCCACACAUGGAGCUCAGCGAUCUCCUAUACAACGUGCAACGCGUCCACAACAUGGGUUUCCUCACAAGCGACUCUCCCACUACCGCCAUUCUGGUGUCGUUGCUUAGCAACAGUGACGUUAUUAAAAAGUCGAAAGUGACCCCCAUUGAGGUGUACAUCACGCUGAAUAACUAUAAAAGAAAGACAAGACCGCUGAAACACGAGAAAGCAAAAGUAGCCGUGGAGAAAGAAAGACGCCGCAGAGCCCGCCAGAUAUUCGACAGCAAAACCGGCCUUUGGGAGUGGUCUGUCACACGCCGCCACCCCAAAGAGGUCAAGCAUUGGGGCAUCGAUCAACCUCCGAACCAAGCCGUAUUGAACGCGCUGACGAAUCUGGUGGACAUGACCUGGUCGCUCACGCCCAAAACUGGAGCGCGCUACCUUAUCACCAUGGACAUGAGACCGCACAUGUUUAAAGGCCGCCAUUUCUGCAAGAACUUCGUGCUAUCCAAGAAGGGUCGCAAGACGACCGCCACAGCCACCCCCACGAAAACCCCCGCGCCCGCUCCUGUCACCGCCGCUGGCGACGGCGACGCAGAGAAAAAGUGCAAGAAACACCUGCUGGCCGAGUGCUUCUACAACAAACACGUGUCGCCGGGACACGCUGCUAUCAUUCUGGCUCUUCAAAUCCUGAAGCGGGAGGAUAACGUGAAGCUGGCGGUGUUCACGGACGAGGGCGUCCAAAUCGUCAACAUCGACAAGAAAUCGGCCUCCAUCGACCAGGCGGAGUACAAUCUCAGGAAAGGCAACCUCGGCCGCGUGCAACUAGACGCGCCCAUAGAAUGGGCCGCCAAGAAGAAGAACAAGUACGACGUGUUUAUCAAUAUGGUGGACCGGACCACGCGCUACAUGGAACUGGAGCAGGAACAGCGGGGUGGGCGCGGAGCUGGCGGCAGGUUCGGUCCGCCGCCGGCGCCCGGCAAGGAGGUGCCCGACCACUGCCCUGUGAGGGCGCUCAUGCGUUAUAGAGCGGCGGUUGAGGCGAACGCCAAGCUUAUCGUAAUGUCGCUAGCAUCGCACCGCGUCGCGACAACCGACGGCAGCCACGAGGGCGUUCUCGACAUGAUCGGCGUCGACGAAUACACGCCCAAGGUCAUGGACGCGUUCACACUCGGACACUUCAAGUAAACUCUGUCUGUCCGUAUAGAAGGGACCUAACGUGGGUCCAGGCGGCCUGGGCGUAACUACGUACGACGCAUUCGCUGUAUCUGAACGCCCUUUUAUACUCCAUCAGGCUUCGUUCGGAGCAUUCGACCGCCUCGUAACUAUGUACGCCGCAUUCUCUCUAUCUGGACGCACCUUUUUACUCCAUCGGGCUUCGUUCGCGGAGCGUUCGACCGCUAACUACGUACGGAGCUUCGCUGUAUCUGGACGCACCUUUACGCAGCGAAACCUCAGCAUUUUGGUACGUUUACUUUAAAAGACGCUCGGUGUAAGCGUAAUGCAGUAAAGUUGAAGCGUAAAUAGGUCCCUUUAUUUAUGCGGUAUGAUAACAGAAUAAAGUUUAGAAGCGGCGCUGGCAACUUGUGACUAUUUGGUUGAACAAAACUCUAAUUGACUAGUUUCAAACACGAUAUAUAAAUAAAAACAUUCUGCUCGAAAUUACUCUUGAUUAUUUUAAUUAUGACUUUACUUUUGAUUAUUUUUAUAAAAACUUAUGCAGUGAAUAUUGCAACAACCCUUGCUUUUUUAAAUUCCUAAACGUUGGAAUGCAAUAAAAAUAGUUAACCUCCCAGUAACAUAAUUAGAAUUAAUGUAACAUAGAAUCGAAUAUCUUUUGAAAUGAGAUUUACAUAUAUGUUGAUAUAGAAAUUGAGCAAUAAAAUGGGAGUUUAACAAUAUACACAACACUAAUAAAGCGUCACCGUGUAUUUAUAUAGGUUUAAUUUUAAGUUCCUUGUUCCAACUCCGCUUCUACAUUCGUUAAAAACACAUCAACGCGUCAAUUCCAACAUUUGGUCUUUAAGUCGUAAGAAAACUACCGGUGUACCUCAUUAUAGUAAUCGAUUGAUCUGUAUGAGUUUUUUUUAACCACGAAGUGUUCCGAAAAUCGUGAUUGUGCGUCUAAAAGUAUUUUUUUGAAUUUCGAAUUUGUUUUGGCGUAGCCGGUGGGCCGUCAUGGCUUCGGCCGCUUAUCGUGUAGCUUAUUUAUCUUAAGAUAUUAUGCUUGUUUUGCUUCUGAAAUUAGGUAAGGGAAACGAUUUAUUUAUAAGUUUUCUUGUUCCCGCUUUCGUUAUUGAGAAUUACUGAGUUAUCAAAAGAUCUCCGGUUAUCGAUAGUACAUUUUUUGAGUCGAGGAAAAGGUUAAUGUCAGACCUACCGUACACAUAUCGCUAAUACUAUAUAUUAUUAGGCAACUGCCUUCACAUUGCAUUGCAGUUUUGUAGUUUCAUGAUGACAAUAUUCUGAAAUGUCUACAAGGUUCAAUAAAUUUAUACAGUAAGGGUCUUCCCAAACAUGUCGAUGUGGAAUCGGCUUUCGCCGUCCAAAAAUGGCUCGUUAGUAUAAAACUAUGAACAUGUGUACGGAUGCGUUCAGCGAUGACGACGCGUAAGCCUCUUCUUACUAAUAAGCG